AUGGCGGCUGAGCUGGCGGCUGCGCCCCCAGAUGACCUUUCGCGCCUGCAGGGGGAGUAUGCGGACGACUGGGACAAGCCGUUCACCCUCAGCCCAGAGGAGGAGGCGUCCUUCAGGGCGCUGCUGCCGACAGAGGUCCCUGGGCGCCCCGGGGUGCUGGCCGCACAUUCCGUGGCUGCGCAGGACCUGGACGCCCUGCGCCCCUCUGCCCUGGCGGACCUGAACCGGGAGCUGGACAGGCGCGUCGCGUCGUUCGGCAUCCACCCCGGCCGCCAGGGGCUGAGCGACGCCGAGUUCCUCGCGGCGAUGAAGCAGCUCGAGUCGCGCCGCGCGGAGGCCGCGCAGCUGCUGCCGCCGGAACGGCAGGACGACGCGGAGGUGCUGCGCCUGGCGCUUGCGCUCCACGCAUACAACGCCCUCAAGGCCGCCCAGGCCGCCGCCGGCGGGGCGGCCCCUGCCUCCCCGCCCGUGCUCGUGUCCGCGGCGGCGCCGCCGGCGGCGCCGGCGCCCGUGGCGGCGGCGGUGGCGGUGGGCGGUGGGGAGGGGCUCGCGCCAGUGCGGGUGCCUGCUGGUCUUCCGCAGGGCGGCAAGCAAAACGCGUUUGAGGUGGUUCAGCCCUCGAACCUGGCCAAGUUCUGGGUGGUCGGUGGCAGCCAGCUGGACAGCUGUGAAUGA